UUUUUUUUCCCUUUUUUCUCUCUCCCUCACGCACAAGUCCAGUCAAUCCUCCGCAAAUCAUUCAGAAGAACCAGAUCAAACAAUAAAGUCUGACCGAAAUGUCUCUACAAACUCCCCGCGUUCUCCCCUCACACCUACACGCCUUCAACCCCUCCACCUCUGGCCCACGCAGCGCACCCCCAGUCCGACUCCUCGGCACGGUCACAGCGUUACACGGCGACACAGCAACGAUUACCUGCGGGACACAUGGCGAUGUGACGUUGAUCUUGAAGCCCGACUCACAUCUGCAGAUGGGGAAACUUGUUGAGGUCGUAGGGAAGGUUGCGGAGAUUGAUGGUGGUCUUGGAAUCCGUGUUCUGGCCACAACAGAUUGGGGGAAUCCGGCUGACUGUGACUAUAAGAUCUACGAAAAGGUUGUUGAUGUGACACAUCGGCUUAAGCCUAUUUUCUAUGAGUCGCCUGAAUGA